CACACACGCACACACGCACACGCCUUUCGCUUUUGCCCUGUGCUCGCCAAGGACGCGGAGGACACGACACAACGCAGGGCAUGACACUGCCCCAUCCUUCAGCCCUCACCGCCAUCGGGAUAUGCCAAGAUGAGCUUGCGAGGACACAGGUGGAACUGGAGCAGCUCCGGGCCCGGAUCCGAGUGGCCAAUCUGAUCCACCAAGUGGCCGCAACAUUGGCGGUCAAGGACGAUUGCACGGCCUGCACCAUCGGGGACCUGAGGCCCUGCUGCUGCUUCGAGAAUAUCCACCCGGCGGUGCCUUUCUUGCAGGAACUGAUUCGCCUUCAGCAGGUCCUGGAGGCUGUUCCCCUGACAGAGCAAGAUAUCGAAUCGAUCCGGAAACACAUUGUCGCACAGACACCCCUCGAGCGUGAGACCGAAUAGAUCAAGGGAAUGCGCACUGGCUGUUUCUCCCCCGCCCGCCGCUGUCCGGUGGACGUUUCUCAGGCACUCCCACUAUCUUCUUUCUGCUUCUGUGGUGCAGCGAAAUACAUCAGUGCGCGUCCGGUGCGACGCUGAGAGGCAUGCACGAUGCCAGA